AUGCUGCCUCGUAAAAAAAUAAGUUGGUCUAUAACCCUGUUCUCUCUCCGUCCGUGGGCUCUCAUCACGUCUCGAGCAGUAUCUGGACUGGCAUGCGCUGGGUGCUACGUUGUCAUACCUUUGUACCUGAAAGAGAUAGCAUCAGACAAUAUCCGCGGUGCUCUUGGGUCCCUCUUCAUCCUGUCUCAAAACUUAGGCUACUUAGUGGUAUACGUUGCUGGUGACUUGAUGUCUUUCGGGGCAGUGCUGUGGAUCUGCACGGCGGUUCCUGCUAUAUUUAUGUUGGGAUUCAUAUUCAUGCCUGAAACUCCAGUUUUCUUGAUUAAGCAAGGCAAGACUCUGGAGGCACGCGCAGCUCUUGCAUGGCUUCGGAACACCACAAUAGACAAUAAAGAUUUAGAAGAAACUAUACAGCAGUUGGAGAGGGAAGAAGAAGAGGUCAAGAGUAUGGAGCAAGCUAGUUGGAAAAGUAUAAUUAAAAACAAAACCACAUUCAAAGCCCUCCGCAUAGCAACGAACGUAAUGUUGUCUCAAGAGACUUGCGGCUAUCUGGUUGUCCUCAUGUACGCUGGGUCGAUCUUCGAACAGGCUUCCGAGUCCAUCAGCUUGAAGCUCAGCCCCAACAAGCAAACGAUCGUGGUGGGCGUCAUACAAAUGCUAGGGUCCAUAGUUGCCAGUUGUAUUGUGGAAAAAACUGGAAGAAAGUGGCUUCUCGCUGGAACAUCAUUGGCAACUGGACUGUCAAUGCUGACCCUUGGACUCUGGUUUUACAUCACCUCCAUGAACAUCUGGUUGCCGGGCUGGCUGCCCGUACUCGCCAUGUGCUUGUGCAUUUUCGCGGAUGCCGCAGGGUAUCAACCUGUGCCAUACAUUAUUACAUCGGAGUUGUUCACCUUUCAGCACCGAGGCAUGGUAACAUCCAUGACUAGUUCUAUCUGCGCUCUCAGCGACUUCCUCCAAACAAAAGCUUACGAUCCUCUGCUGAAACUGUUAGGAAUACACUGGGUCUUCAUGAUGUUCUCCGCCGUCUGCUUCCUUGGCACUUUCUACACCAUCAUGUGGGUGCCGGAAACGAAAAACAAAACAGUGCAAGAGAUUUACGCUCUUCUAGAAGAUAAUAGAAAGAAGGAAAAGAGGAAAAAAAAUGUAGAACGCGGUGAAGAAAUGAGUCGAUUAUAA